UUUAGUGUUCUCUCAAAAUGGCUUCCGUCGAAACGUUGUCCAAUCUAGGUUUCUUAUUGUUUUUAUUUCGUUUAUCUGUGGCUUCAGUGCCGGGUGAGCGUCAUGUUAAAUUCCAAUAUAAGCACAGUUUUAAAGGACCGCAUCUAGUGAAUAGAGAUGGAGCAAUUCCUUUUUGGAAUCACGGAGGAAGUGCUAUCCCCAGCGAUGAUCAGAUUAGAUUGACUCCUUCAAUGACAAAUAAAAAAGGUUAUGCAUGGACAAAAAGCACCUUUCCACAUGAGUGGUGGGAAGUAGAAGUAGCCCUGAAAGUAACUGGAAGAGGAAGGCUUGGUGGAGAUGGUGUGGCCAUUUGGUUUACAGAAACUGCAGGCACUGAAGGUCCUGCAUUUGGAAAUAUCAACACAUGGAAAGGUCUUGGUGUUUUCCUUGAUUCAUUUGACAAUGAUCAACAGGGAAACAAUCCAUUCAUUUCAGUGAUGUUAAAUGAUGGAAAUCAGAUUUAUGAUCAUAACAAAGAUGGGCAGGAUCUUCAACGUGGUGGUUGCUUACGAGACUUUCGUAAUCGACCAAAUCCAGUUAGACUAAGAAUUCGCUAUUAUGAGAAUGUGCUUACAGUGUGGGUACACAUGGGAAUGACCCCUAAACCUGAAGACUUUGAGCUCUGCACUCGACUUGAAAACAUAAGCCUAGCCAAAAAUGGCUUCUUUGGUGUGUCGGCAGCUACAGGUGGCUUAGCAGAUGACCAUGAUGUUCUUUCUUUUAUUACCCACUCUCUCACUCCACCUAAGGACACACAGGGUGAAACAGGAAUAAGUGAAGAAGAGCAGAAGAAGCUUGCAGAGCAGUAUGAAGAGUAUCAAAAGAAACUGGAGCAACAAAGAGAGGAGUACAAGACAGCUCACCCUGACAAAGUUAAAAAACCUGAAGCAGAGUAUGAGAGUGCCUAUGAAAGAGAUGUUCGUUUGGUUUAUGAAGGACAAAAUGCUCUUCAUCAAAUGAUCAGCAACCUUCACUCUAAAGUUGGUGAAUUAACAGUACAAGUAAAUACGUUAUACACAUUAGUAACAUCAGAUCAUAACCAGAUUGGCCAGGUGGUUAGACAUGAUCAAACCAUCAACAGACAAGAAGUGAACACUCUGAUUAAUAUGCAACAGCAACUCAGUUCCAAGCUGCAAGAAAUAAGUUUAAUGGGUCAAGGAGGAAACAUGGAGAGAAGAGAUGUUGGUGACUCUGCUGGUGUCAACUCUAAACUUAGUGACAUGCAGAAUGCAAUUGAGUCACUGACACACACAGUCAAUAGUGUGGCAACUAAACAACAAAUGAUGAGUGGUCAAGAGAAAAAAGAGUGCCCCCCUCCCCCACCCAUGCCACAGUGCAUAGGUCCAGGAUACUUUGUGGUUUUAAUUGUGGCUCAGUUAAUUAUGCUGAUUGGUUACAUUGGAUAUAAAAAUCAAAAGGAGGCUGCAGCCAAGAAGUUCUUUUAGGAAUUUUUGUUACAUUAUCUUGCAAAAAGGUAGUCUGUCUUACAGGCUUGGCUGGGAUGUUUGGAAUGAAAUGAAAAUUUAACUGUAUGGCUUUUGCUGUGUGUGCACUAAACUGCACACAGUAUCCAAGAAUUCAACAUACUAGGAGAUAAAGUUCCAAUUGAUAGGAGAGUUUUUUAACUUUAUGCCGCACAAAGAAUUUGAAUGUUGGCUUUUGCAAAACAGGGUUGAGCUACCUCAGCUUCUUUUUUAAAAGUUAUUGGCAUGUUACGUGAUGGCUCUUUUUUUGAAGCCUUGAAAAAGUAAUGAACUCAAGACAUUGGGAAAGCAGAAGUGAGGUCUGUCAACAUAAGUUUUCAUUUGAUGUUUAUGAAUGACUACUGGACCGAAAACUAAAAAAUGUUAUUUUUAUUCUGUAAUAUCCCAUCAAGGUGUGGUUGUUCAUUAAGAAUAAAGAACACUUUUAGGGAAAAAUUGAAAGGACUUGUUUUAAAAAUGAUAUAUUCAAGCCAAAUUGUAUUUAUCAGAUCUUAAUUGUUACUUAUACACCAAAUUCAAAUAUGGCAUCCAAUUUGAAUUACCAUUGUUCUGGACUUACUAGCCUCGUCUUCAGGUGGAAAACACAAAAGGAUUAUAACAUGUGUGAGAGGCUAGUAAGUCCAGAACAAUGGCAGUUAAAAUUGGAUGCCAUAUUUCAAUUCGGUGUAUGAAUCUUAAAUUUCCUGGGAAAAGAGUUAGGACCCUUAAAAAAACAGUGCUGUUUCUGGUGCAAUACCUAAACCAAGUUAGUUUAAUUUUAAUUAGAGAAUUUUCUCGAGGUAUUUUGGUGUUUGUCACUCAAUGUAAUGUAUUUGGAAUUGAUAUAGUUUAUCCAUUAACCUUAUCUUAAAUUAAAAAAUUUAAAGAUCUGUUAUGUACCAAGUGUGAUGUAAAAUACACAGCACUUCUACUGUACAUCACUCUAGUGCAUCAAGUUUAAAAGUUUUUGCAUCACAAGUAUUGCCAUAUGUACUACUCUCUGCAUUUACUUUAUCAACAUACACUUCUCAAACUUUCUUCAAAUAAAAAUUGUUUCAAAUCUGUU